AUGUCUUCGCCAGCCUCAUUAGUCAUUGCCAUUAUUAGUCAUUACUUCAUUAGACAAUAGAGACUAGACAGUUGUAGUCUGGGACAGCCUCAAAUUUCAGUGCACCUCAGGAGUGCAGGACACAAGUUAUAUUAUGAAGAAUUUGGUGUCGUGGUUUUAGUCUACAAAGUUGUAAUUUUAGUAUUCUUGAACCUCGUUUCUGGGAUCAGUGGAAUCUGUCGUCAUAUUGUAUUUAGGGUAAUAUUAACUGUUUUUCACGCUGCCAGCUGUUUUUCGACACAAAGAUGACGGAGGAGUACAUCAAAACUGUUGCUGUUCACAUGGACAAUUUGAACGCACAUCCUCAAUGCUCUCACGGACCAACACUAUUGUUUUCUCGAGGAUCUGACAAUAAAAAGUUUUACUCUUGCUCGGCACAUAGAGAUCGAAAAAAAUGUUCUUUUUUUGUGUGGGAAAAUCAAAUUGAAUCAAUUGGACAGCAAUUUAUGGAUCAGUAUGAAAGAGAUCUCAUUGUUACAAAAAUGAUGAGAUACAAACUACAAUCCAAGUUCAAUCAYGUGAAGAAUUUAAGCCCAGAAGAAAGAUGUUUCUGUCAGAAAUGUGGAGAAUUGUUUUCUAAAACUGAACAGGAUUCGCAUUCAGACCAUGGUGAAAUGCUAGUAGAAAAUAUAAAUGACUUAAAAUUAUCUCACCCUUCACAGUUGUUUAGACCACUUCAAGAAUCUAAAAGCGAAUCUCAGUAUUUUUUUACUGAAAACACAAUUGAAAUGUUGAUAAAAAUGUUUCGCUCUGUAGGUACAACUAAUGUUAUUUGUAUCGGUGCUCCUACUAUACAUGAAAGGAUAUCAUGCGAUGUGCCCGAUAUGAACAGUGUUUUACUUGAUAUUGAUCAUAGAUAUCUGCAAUUUUAUGAAAGUCAYCAUUUCAGAUGGUUUAACAUGUAUAAUUGCCAUAUACUUGAAGAAUGUGACACAGAGUUUGUGUUAGAAGAUAUUCUGACUCAGGGAGAUUCUACAGCYGUAUUCAUAGAUCCUCCGUUUGGUGGCAGACUUGAACCACUAGCAUAUACACUAAAACAAUUUGAUCAAAUUAGGAAAAAAAACAACAAAAGCAUAUUGUCAAAGUUUCUGGUAUUACCUUAUUUUAUGGAACGUUUUGUGGUCAACUGCUUACCUGGUAUGUCAAUGCUAGAUUAUAAAAUUGACUACAUAAAUCAUAAGAAAUUUAAUAGUUCUGGAAGGAAUAAAGGGUCUCCAAUUCGGAUAUUCACAAAUGUAGAUCAAUGCAAGAUAUCUUUACCGGUUGAGGAAAAUUAUAGAUUUUGUGAUGAAUGUAAUCGAUGGGUUUGCUCAGAAAAUGUACAUUGCUACAAGUGUAAUAGUUGUACGUCUAAGAAUGGUCGUGCAUACAUACACUGUAAUUUGUGUAAGAAAUGUGUGAAAAGAACAUGGAAACAUUGCAAAGAAUKUAACAAAUGCUGUUUAAUARAACACAGUUGUAUGAGAUUCCCAACUAAGAGAAAAAUGAAGGACAGACCGCGAAAAAAACAUAUAUUGUCAAAAGCAUAAAUAUAUAAAUAAUAUUCAAUAUUAAUAUAUUU